GUCCUCGCGGAGGAGUUGAAUGACUUGAAGCAACGACGGGCCGCGAUGCGCGCGGCCAACCGUGCAUUGGCAAAGCAGGAGAAGAAUAUGAAAAAACGACGUGGUGGAGCUGCAGUGGUCGCAGCUGGUGGUGGAGAUGGCGCGGAAAGUCUUCUGUGUGAAAAGAUCCCCGGAAUUGUGGCUGUCUAUGCGCGUGUCACUCUCGGAGGUGGUGGAGCUGCGGUGGUAGCAGCUGGUGGUGGAGAUGGCGCGGAAAGUCUUUUGCGUGAAAAGAUCCCCGGAAUUGUGGCUGUUUAUGCGCGUGUCACUUUCACAGGUCAUGGUGCUCCCCCUCCAAAUCUGCCAGCUGGCGCUGCAGCUGGCGUUGCAGGGGAAGGUCUAGACUGUUUGUUUGCUUUCUGCGUGUGUGGAGCUCUUGGCAGACCAGGUGCGAAUGAUGUGGAGGAGGCUGAUGCCAUUUCAUCUGAGAGUGAUCGCGGCGAAGGCGCGCGGGUGGAUGUGGUUUUGAGUGUGUUGCUCAUGGCCGAAGUUUGCUCUAAAUCAGUUCUCAUUGGAGGCGGUGCUGCUGAUGGUGAUGGUGAGGAAGACUAG